GCUCAAACUACCAAGCUCUGGCUUCACUGCACCUCAGUCGACGCGCUCGACCUGUUGGACUUGAGGGGACCCCAGCCUGCAACGGCUCGGAAUGGCGGCCGAGUCCCAGCCGAACGCUCGCAUGUACGUGGCCAUCAGCACCGCGAUGAUCGGUGCCAUCAUGUUCGGGAUCGACUGCGGUAACUUCGGAUCCGUGCAGGGGUUUGGCAGCUUCCGCGACACCUGGUGCCUCCGGAGCUAUGGCGACGCCACGUCGUGCGGGGACGACGCCACCCAUGGGGCGGCGAGUAACGCCAGGUGGCUGAAGGACUUCGUCACGCCGGCCUCGUCGCUGCUCUUCGCGGGCGCGGCGGCGGGGAGCCUGCUGCUGGGGCCGCCCCUCGCCCACCGCUUCGGCCGCCGCCCGUGCAUCUCCGCGGGGGCGGCCGUCUGCCUGCUCGGCUGCCUGCUGACCUCCUACAUGCGGGGGCACGACGUCGUCUUCUUCGCCGGGCGGUUCGUGACCGGGUUCGGCAUCGGCGUGUGCACCUUCGCCCUCCCGCUGUACAACUCGGAGGUCAGCGCCCCCGCGGUCCGCGGGGCCACGGGCUCGAUGUUCCAGGUCAACGUUGUGCUGGGGCAGCUGGUGGCGUCCGUCGUGACCUACUUCAACAACGACUGGCGCGUGGGCAUGCUGCUGCCUGGCAUCGCCGGCGUCGCGGUGGCCCUCGGGGUCUGGCUCGCGCCCGAGUCCCCGCGCUACGUCAUGGCGAAGCGCGGCCUCGAGGAGGGCACCCUCGUGCUGGCGAGGGUGCGCGCCGGCAGCGUCGGCGCCGAGGCUGCGGAGGUGAUGGAGCAGUUGGAGUCCGAGGGCAGCGCCGGCCAGGUCCGGUGGCUGGACCUGGUGGUGGGCUCCGAGGGCCAUCCCAGCCUCCGCAGGCGCGUGCUGAUCGCCUGCUGGCUCCAGUUCGCACAGCAGUUCACCGGGAUGAACAUGGUGAUCAUGUUCUCGGCGGACGUCUUCAAGCUGAUGGGCUUCGAGAACCCCUUCGGCGCGAACAUCGCCUUCACCGCGCUGCAGGUCGUGGGGAUCGUGGUCGGCCUGGCCCUGCUGGACUCCCAGUGGGGCGGCAGGCGCAUCCAGCUCGCCCUGGUCACGGCGACGAUCUGCCCCUUGCUCGUCCUCGUGGGCCUCUCCUCCCAGCUGGGCUGGUCCACACGCCUGGAGCUGGCGCUCCUGUGCCUGUUCGCCUUCGUCUGGCAGCUGGCGUGGGGCAUGAUCCCGUGGGUGUACCCGUCCGAGCUGUUCACCAUGGCGGAGAGGGGCAGGGCCACGUCCCUGGCGGUGUUCGUCCAGUACGCCGCCAAUGCGGUGCUCACGGUCGUGGUUCCCGAGCUGCUCGACGCGCUCGGCUUCGCGGGGACGGUCUGGUUCUUCGCGGCCUUCAACGCGCUGAACCUGGUCGUCAUCGCCGCGUGCAUCAAGGAGACGAAGGGCGUCCCGCUGGAGGAGGUGCCCGGCCUCUUCGCCGCCCCGGGCGCGGGCGCCAAGCCCGCCCGCCCCGCGGGCGCGCCGCGCGCGGGCGCCUCCCCGGCGGCGGGCGCGCGGGUGAGCGUCUGAGCGGGCCUGCUAUACCGGAGGCCUCGAGGCGAGGAGCGAGAGCGCCCAGUGUGUCAGGUAGUAGGUUUCAAGGCGCGCCCCAACAGUGGGCUGCGCACCGCAGCGGCGGCGGCGGCCCGGUCUCCGCACGGGAGGCGGCCGGUGCAGAGCUGGCGCCAGGUUUCAAGGCGCGCCCCGCCAGUACAGUUUUUGGGCCUUCGUGCUGUGCACCGCAGCGGCGGUGGCACGGCGGCAGCCGGCUUCCGCACAGGAGGCGGCCGAGCUGUCGCCGCACACUGAAGCCCUCGCAAUGAGGGCCUCUCGAUCUUACAAGAAAGGGAUCCCCGUUUGUCCCAGUGGCGCUGCGCGGGCCACGCGCCACAAACAUACUGUUCACACUAUCUGAUCCUUCUCCUUCUUCUCUUGUAUUGAUUCGUUGGCCGUUCGUUUUCGGGCAAUUUCCAAUGUCCUCCCCCCUCUUGGUUUCCAGAUAUCCA